AUGCCAAACCAACCCAACCAACCCCAACAAAUGCACAACAUCAACCCCACAGACCUCCAAAACUUCGUCAAGCAAAUCCUCAUCGCAAACAAAACAUCACCAGAACACGCGGAGAUAGUCUCCAAAUGCCUCGUAUCAGCUGAUCUCCGCGGCGUAGACACACACGGCAGCAACCGCAUCCCCUCCUACAUGGAACGGAUCCGACAAAACGCACUUGACCCAAGCGCUGUCCCAACAAUCCGGCAAGUGACGCCCGCCGUCGCACAAGUCGACGCGCACAACGGGUUCGGCUUCGUAGCCGCACACGAGGGAAUGAAGCUCGCCAUCUCAAUGGCCCAGAUUUUCGGUAUCGGAAUGGUCUCCGUCAAGCACUCGAAUCACUUCGGCAUGUCCGCAUGGUUGGUGCAGCAGGCGCUAGAGGCUGAUAUGAUGUCGCUUGUAUUUACGAAUAGCUCGCCCGCGCUGCCCGUCUGGGGCGGGAAGGAGAAGCUAAUGGGUGUGUCGCCGAUUGCGUGUGGGGCACCGGCUGGAGAAGGCAGGCCGUUUAUCUUGGAUAUGGCACCUUCCAUUGCCGCUCGCGGGAAGAUUUAUAAGGCGCUUCGGCGUGGGGAGAAGAUUCCUACGGAUUGGGCGCUUGAUAAGGAUGGGGCAAGGACGGAUGAUCCUGCUGAGGCUUUGCAGGGUGUUAUGCUGCCUAUGGGUGGGCCGAAGGGGUCUGCGCUAUCUGUUAUGAUGGAUGUUUUCUCCGGUGUGCUUUCUGGGUCUGCUUUUGCUGGCCACGUUACCAACCCAUAUGAUCCGUCGAAGCCAGCUGACGUGGGACAUUUUUUGGUGGCUAUUAAGCCGGAUUUGUUUAUGACUAUCGAGGAGUUCAAAGCGAGGAUGGAUUACCUUUAUCAGCGGGUUGUUGAUUCGGAGAAGAUGGCUGGUGUGGAUCGGAUUUAUUUCCCUGGGGAGAUCGAGAUAAUUACCGAGGAGAAACGGUUGGCAGAGGGUAUCCCUUUUGCCACUGCUGAGAUUGAGAGCUUGAAUAAGGAAGCUGACCUGGUAAAGGUUGAGCGUUUGAAAGCAUAG